AUGAAGAGCCAGUUUAUCUUUGCUUUUGCAGCUCUUUUGAUGAUUGCAUCGUUGAUUAUGGAAGGCGAUUGCUUUGGUGGCCCCAUUCGGAACAACAGGGGAAACGUAAUAUACUGGAACGAAAACAUUCUAAUACGACUUGGACAAUUAUGUCCAAUCGAUUUACUAAAAAAAAAAACGCACGGAAAAAGCAUAUAGGAUAAGCCUUUUCCGAUUUUCAAAAACUCACUUUCAAAACGAGGAUAUGUGUAAAACCUUUCCUGUUAAAAUAAGAUUUAUUUGCAUGAGAAUCAUUUUUAUAUUAUUUAAGGUGAUUCGACCCAGUUAUUUUGUGAGGGUACCAUCCUACUUUGAAGCUCUCUGGUAUCCCCACCUUUACUUUGAUCAUAAGUCCAACAUAUAGCAUGGAUAACAUUUUGAUUAAUCUAAAACGUUAUAGCAUAAAAUUUUUGGCCAUCGGAGUAAAUGUCACGUGGUUAUAGUGCACGCCUCUUUGGGGUCUGAGACGAAAUUCUGCUGUUGCCGGCAUUUUUUCGUGAAAAUCUCUCGGCUGCAUAUAGUUCGCAUUAGUGCGUUGCGUUGACCAGAGUUUCACCAAAUCGCAAUGAAUAGCUAAAACUAUACUUUCUAUAUGUUGCAUUGCUCGAAAUCGCGCGUAUUUAUAAGGCCCUAAAGCUUUUUUUGCUGACUUGUAAUGACCCAUCUGUUAUAAAGAUCCCCAAAAUAAAGGGAUAAAUCUCAUAGUUUAUUAGAUAUUAUUCUAAUCGUGUAAAGUUUGCUUAUCAUUUUCACAUAAAUCAUGACCUAAAUUUGGAAACAGCUCAAUUUCUCGCAUUGGGUCUUUGCUAUUUUGGUGCGGAAACUCUGGUCAACGCAAGGCACUAAUGCGAACUAUAUGUAAGCGAGAGAUUUUCAAGAAAACAUGCCGGCAACAGCAGAAUUUCGUCUCAGACCCCAAAGAGGCGUGGCACUAUAACAACGUGACAUUUACUCCGAUCGCCAAAAAUUUUAUGCUAUAUUGUAGAUUGAUUAAAAUGUUAUCCAUGCUACAUGUUAGACUUAUGAUCAAAGUAAAGGUGGCGAUACCAGGAGUUUCAACGUAGGAUGGUAUCCUCACAAAAUAACUGGGUCGAGUCACCUUAAUAGCUUCGCACUUAGCCCCCGCUUUGAAACCGCCUUGAGCAACGUAACUCGAAAUAACCCAUUUCCGUGACACAAACAAAAAGCAAGGGGCACACAUACACCAACCCUCGGCCUGGCCAGUGCCUCAAAGAUGCACACCGACAUAUCCCCGUCUAGUGGCAGCCAUGGAUAGCUGUUUCCAUGCCUCUUAUAGACACAGGUAUUGAUUUGAUAUUUGACCUGAUUUUGUCAAUUUUUUUCUUUUUUACCUCUAACAACUCAAUCAGAGGACAAUGCAGAUUUGCCGUGCAGCAAGAAGCCUUGGCUGCAGGAAUAUAGAACAAGAAGUGGCUGAUGAUCCCAUGAAAGAAGAAAGGGCUCGACGUGAAGUAAAAGAGAGGAGUUUUCUGUUGUGUCUAGUUGUGUUUUCUAUUGUGUAUUGUGUUUUCUUUUGUGUCUAGUCUGUCAUGAUACAUUACUAUUCGGGCGAGAGAGGAAGUUCACGCAGAACAGAUUGAGUAGCAUUUCUUGAUUUUUUUGCAAAGACACAAAAAGCUCGAGAAUUGAUUAAAAAUCGUGAGUUAUACAUCUAUCUAUCACGCGAUCGCCUGUCUCACUGUACCAAAACUUAUCAUAUCUUGGUGAGCAUUCGGAAGUCAGCCAAGCGCGGUCAUUGCAUGCGUGCUGAACAAGAAUGCUGUAUCAUGACAGAGUAGACACAAUAGAAAACUCUCAAAGCACAAACUCAGCCAAAACUCUAAAAAUCUUCAAUGUUUACUCAAGUUUGGGCUUAUAGGAGGUAAUGUCACAGUUUUUCAAUGACCAUGAAAUUCAGAAUCCGGGUAGUUAGUUAAUCAAUUGUGGCCCUGAAAAAUUUAAAGGAAAAAAAACUACGAGUUUUUAAGAAAAUGCUUUUUUCGUGAGAAGGACUCUAAACGCUGACAAACGUCAACAAAUAGCUAAAACUAUAAUUUCUAUAUGUUUGCUUUGCUCGAAAUCGCGCGCAUUUAUAAGGCCCUAAAGCUUUUUGCUGACUUGUAAUGACCCAUCUGUUAUAAAGAUCCCAAAAAUAAAGGGAUAAAUCUGAUAGUUCAUUAGAUAUAAUCGUGUAAAGUUUGCUUAGGGAUGGACCAUUAGAAAACUUAUGGGGGGGGGGGGCGGCGAAGUACAAAAAAAAAUUUUCGCGCAAGGGAAAAUUAAAUGAAAAAAAUUUCAUGCAUGCCAAUUAAUCCUAAAAAAUAUUCAUGCUAUGGCCUGCAAAAAAUUCAUACAAGGAAUUUGAUAACGAAAAAAAAUUCCUGCGGCUUGAAAAUUCCCCUCCCCCCACAACUUUUCUAAUGGUCCGUCCCUUAUCAUUUUCAAAUAAAUUAUGACCUAAAUUUGGAAACCGCUGAAUUUCUCGCAAUGGGUCUUUGCCAUUUUAGUGAAACUCUGGUCAACGCAAGGCACUAAUGCGAACUAUAUGUAGCCGAGAGAUUUUCAAGAAAACAUGCCGGCAACAGCAGAAUUUCGUCUCAGACCCCAAAGAGGCGUGGCACUAUAACCACGUAACAUUUACUCCGAUCGCCAAAAAUUUUUGCUAUAUUGUAGAUUGAUCAAAAUGUUAUCCAUGCUAUAUCUUAUGAUCAAACUAAAGGUGGGGAUACCAGAGGGCUUCAAAGUAGGAUGGUACCGUCACAAAACAACUGGGUCGAGUCACCUUAAUAGCUUCGCACUUAGCCCCGCUUUGAAACCGCCUUGAGCAACGUAACUCGGAAAUAGGCCAUUCCCGUGACACAAACAAAAAACAAGGGGCACACAUACACCAACCCUUGGUCUGGCCAGGACCUCAAAGAUGCACACCGCCAUAUCCCUGGGCAGUGGCAGCCAUGGAUAGCUGUUUCCAUGCCUCUUAUAGACACAGGUAUUGAUUUGUUAUAUUACCUGAUUUUGUCAAUUUUUUUCUUUUUUACCCCUAACAACUCAAUCAGAGGACAAUGCGGAUUUGCCGUGCAGCAAGAAGCCUUGGCUGCAGGAAUAUAGAAAAAGAAGUGGGUUAUGACCCCAUGAAAGAAGGCUGA